AGGAUUUAUGUAAUUUCCGUAAUUUAGAGAGUUAGGGUUCCUAGUAAGGAAUUUAAAGAACUUAUACCAGCCACCAUUGAAGGUAUUGGAAGAGUGUAACUUGUUAGUUUGUAGAAGAAUGUCAUCGAAAGAUUUCAGCACUCAGCAGGGAGCAGCCUCAGAUCAUCUGGAGACCAAGAGCUUUAAUGGGGUAAAGACUGAUUUUGGGCAUAUGCAAGGGAAGGGUGGGAGAGUUCUAAAGCGUUUAAUCCGAGAGUUUGCUGAUGGUCAUCGCAACAUCCCAAAUUUAACUUGAUUGCUGUCUAUAUAUAUUGUAACUUAGAGUUGAUUCUGCGUGAAGCUUCAUUCUCUCCCUAGCUUAGAGCACCUCUUGCAAAAUGAUGGCUAGUUUUCAAUCUAGCUUAUUGCUGGCAGAGUGUACUAGAGUCUCUUGUACAGCAUUGUACCCUCCAUUCCUCCAGAAUCAAAACUAGGAUAUUCA